AUGACAUAUUUAGCUAUAUUUAUUAUUCUUAAAUCUCAAAUGCCUGGUACACCACGUAUUCGUUCAUUACGCAACCUAUAUCUUCAUUAUCAUACUAUGACACAAGUUGUUGCUGGUGCAUUUGUUGGAACAGCAUUAGGUUGUGUUUGGUAUUAUUUUAUCAAUUAUUAUUUUACAAAAUAUGUUCCAUUUAUAAUUGAACAUCCAUUUGAAAAAUAUUUACUUAUUCGUGAUUUUGCACCAAUACCUCAUCUUAUUCAUUUUCAAUAUGAAAAAUGA